GAGUUGCCUUCAGGGCUUUUUUGAUGUUAUCUUUCCCAGUGGCAAAAAUGAACUUGAAACAAAAAAGGAUAAAGAAUAAGCACUCAAAAGUAAUUCAUGGUGGUGACCUAAAAAGGGAAAUUAAAUGAGCUGUAAAAAAACUUGUGGAUGAAACAAAGUAGGUUAAGCUGUUUAAAUGCACUGUUCCAUGUGGGAGUGUCAGAUCUGGAGAUACCUCCUCAGGGUGAUGAGCAAUGCUGAGCUGGGACACAGAACUGCCUUUGUCAUUGGUCUUUUCUAUUAUUUCCCUUGAGCAGCUGAGUUACUUUGCUGCCACCCUGCUUCCUGUCAAUUCAUAGGUGAACUAGCUUAUCCUGUGGAUAAAAAGCAAGUUUAUAUUGGAGCCUGAAGUUGUAAUCACUGUCAAGUAAACUGUGCUUGUGCAGGUGAGGUUGAAUUUAAAUUCCUGGAUUUCUGGCUCUACCACCUAAUUAUGGAUCAAGACUAACAAGAAAGGAGUUUAUUUUCUGGAACCUCCUUUGGGUGCAUUUCAGCUUUAGAAGAAUCAGGUCUUUAUAAACUUUAAAUUGCUGAACUGCUCAACCAGAAAAAGAUUAAAUUGCAGCUGCUGCAGCCUUAGUCUGGAAACAGAAGUGUAUGUUGGGAAGAAAAGUCAUUUUUUCAUUACAUAGGAUCUAAAGGAGAACUCGAGUCCCUCUGCUUUUGGGGAAAUAAAGUGCUUGAAUGUGUAGCUAUGAUAGACAUCAGAGCAAGCCUUGCUGCUGACUUGCAGUGACCUAGUUUCUGGGCAGGGGAGAGUAGUCUUACUAAUGGGAAAAGGAGGUUGAUGAAAGAGGGCUGCAGGUCAUUCAUCUCCCAUGGAAACCAGGCCACCUCUGGAUAUGAUCCAAAGAUGAUAAGCUGUCCAGUGACAAUGGCCAACAAAAGGAGAGGUAGAGCCACAUCUCAGAAAAAAGAGAGGAGAAAAGACUAUCCAGUGCUGCAGACCUGAAGGGAGGGAGCAGAUUUAGGGAGCAUUCAGUUACAAAGAGAAGCAAGGUAGUGCAAUUUGUGAUAUGUGUUCUGUGAAUUCAAAUACCUACUGUCUGUCCUGGAUAGUUUCAUAAUACAUCUGACUUGCCUUGUCACAUUAAGGUCUUUGUGUGAUUUCUGCCCUCAGAGAUGUGGAUACUUGCUUGCAGUUGCAGGAUUCGUUCUAGAUUUGCUGAAAGUAGUUGUGACAGUGAAUGGGAGGAAAAAUAUUGUUGGCUUCUUCAGCAUAGGCAUAAAAUCUAUGAUGCUGAGAAAGAAAAAGUGAGAUGCCUUCAAAACCAAACCGUGGAACACAGAUCUGAUGCUGCCAGGAGUGGUAGUGCCACCUUCUGGCUUUCCUCAGGUAGAGCGGGGCACGCUCUGUGCUGUCACUCUUUUGGGAAACAGAGCUCCAGUAGCAGUUGGAGUUGCCACUAUGUCCACUGCAGAGAUGCUGGCUGCUGGAAUGAAAGGGAAGGGCUUUGCUGUCUUGCACACUUACAUGGAUCACCUCUGGGAAUAUGGUGACAAAUCUAAUCCUCCUACCUUAGCUCCCUUGGUAACAGAUUCUGCUGAAAAGGAGAAUGCUGAAGAUGAAGAGAUGGAGGGGAAGGAGCCUGUCAUCAGCCUAUCCACUGAUCCAUUGCAGCAGAUGAAUAUUGGUGAUUUGAGCCUGCAGGAGCGAGACAGUUGUGCAAUACUGAUGGGAAAGGAGGAGCUCGAUGAGAACAGGGCUGCAGAAACAGCUGAAGAUGGCAGUACAGAGGGCCUGCAGGAACCUGAAGACAGUAGGACUCCACAAGAGCAAAUGGAUGCAUUAUUUAAUCAGUGCUUUUUCCAUGCCUUAAAAUGCAAAGUAAAGAAGUCAGAUCUUCCUCUGCUCACCAGCACAUUUCUACGCAGCCAUAUGUUCUCAUGCUGCCCUGCUGGACAACAAUUGGACAUAAAGAAAUCAAGCUAUAAGAAGUUCUCUAAGUUCCUGCAAUAUAUGCAGCACCAGAAGAUCUUACAAGUGAAGGAGCUGAACAAAGGUGUUGAGAGCAUCGUGGAAGUGGACUGGAAACAUCCAGAUGUUAAAGCGUUUGCAGUACCUGAAGGAUUUUCUUCUGCCUCUGCUGCUCAUGACAGCAAUAGUGAAGACAGAGAACAAGUGUACCAUGCUCCUGAAAUCAUUCCACUUUACGGGGUAUCAACAAAAAUGAUCCCACUCUUUCAGGAAUCUGGACACAAAAAAGGCAGCAGCCUCUCAAGCAGUGAGGUGAGAAACAUCAUUAUUAACUAUGUAAAGGCUAAUGAGUUGGUGGAUGAAACAAACAAAAACCUUGUAAAAGUGAAUGCCAUUCUGUGUGACUGCCUGUUAGAUAAAUCAGAACAAGAUGAAAUCUCACACCUUAAAUGGGAUGACCUCUUGAGCAGGUGCCUUGAACGACUGCAGCCCUUGCACCAGGUGACAUUUUUUGGACAAGAACCUAUUGUGAGGAAAGGAAACAUUGAGCCCAUCGACAUAACCAUAGCACAGAGAUCAUCAAAUAAGAAGGUGACAAUUAUCAAGAACCUUGAGCUGUAUGGACUAGACCCACAGUGUGUGGCCAACAUUCUGCAGCAGAAAGUACAAGCUAGUGCUACCAUCACCCCAAUACCAGGAACAAAAGACAGAGUUCAGGUCCAGAUCCAAGGCAACCAAAUCCAUCAUCUGGCCAAGAUGCUGCUAGAAGAAUACCAGCUACCUCGGAAAUACAUUCGAGGCCUUGAGAAGGCUCCAAAGCUCGGCCGGAAGAAGUAAGAGGGAAAAUCUACUGUAAGAAUUACUCAGAUCUCAUUAUUUAUACAAGUGUUCUGCCAACAAAUCCAGGCUAAUGGAGGGGCCCUCAUCAUUCAGAAACGAGUGCUGGAGGUUUACAAGGUCUGAGAUUCACCCCAAUAUUAAUAACUGCUCCAACUGUUCAUUUUUCAUAAAAUAAAAGACUGAAUAAAC